AUGGACACGUUUGGUGAGAAGCGAAGGGCGGCUCUCGAGGCCCACUUCACCACCGAUCCGGAUUCCAUCUCGAAGCCGAUCAUUACAUCGCUCAAUGGCGAGAACUCGUGGCUCUAUUCCAUCCCAAUCCCUUGCGACGAAAAGGCACGUGGCGCCAGGCAUUACUUCCACAUCGCUGUUGAUCCCUGGCUUGUCGGCGACUUGACCAUGAUCAGCGGCUGGUUCAUGACCAUCCCCCAGCCCUGCCAGCCUGCGGCGAGAGACGGCGCAGCAGUCGAGGCUAUGGCUAGAGAGAUCGACGCCCUCGCGGCGUCAGCUGCAGGCGACGCCGACACGCCGGAUGACGGCCAGGAGCGCUCGCCCCUUGGCGCAAUCGCCCUCACGCUGGAGCUGUCGGACCACGCCAACGAGCCCACGCUGCGGACAUUCGACCCGUCCAUCCCGGUUGUAGCCUGCGACGCCAACACGCACGCCUUGGUUAAGGGCUGGGGCCACUUCAAUACGAUAGUCACCACGCCCGAGGUCAACUCGCCCGACGGCCUGGACGGCGGCGGUGGCGGCUGGCCCCGACUCGAAACCUCCCCUCCCGGCGCGCUCCCGAGCUGGCUCUCGGUGGUACGCCUGGCCGGCGCCUGGAUCUGUUCCGGCAGCAUGGUCGCGUGGCGGACCAGCGCGGCUCAGGGCGACGCGCCGCGGCGCGACUCGAUCCUAAACUUCCCGCACGGCUUCGGCCCGCGGGAGCCGGCGGCGGAGGCACUAGCGCGGGCGGCCUCGGGCCCGGGGGGCAGCGGCGGCGUGUCGGUCGCGGCGAUGCUGCACCCGCUCAAGGAGAACUACCAGCUGUGGAUGCAGCACACCGAGGGGGUCGAGGCCGGGCUCGCGCUGGAGCGGGCGCUGCGGCCGCGCGUGUGGGUGCGCGCCCACGACGGCGCCCUGCACUACUCUGGCCUCUUCCCGCGCGCUACCAUGCUCCGCGACCGUGUCCGGUCGCUCGAGAGCGGGCUCGAGGCCGAGGCCGCGAGGGAGGGCAGACCGGGGAGACGGCCCAACUUUGCCGACGUUGGCAAUGGGGAGGCCCUGGUGGUUACAUGA